UUCAACUAUUAUAUAUUUAUCACAACCUAUGAGUGUCCUUACCCUUACCCCUUCAACUUUCAUCCCCAUUCCCUGGGGGUGGGGGAGGGUGAGCAAGCAUCUGUGUGGUGCUUGGCUGCCAGCCGGGUUUAAACCACGACACCAGGGGAACGGGCUCGAAGGAAGUGUCUGAAGUUGGAGAAUGAGUCAGGGGCAAACCUAGAAACUGGAUUGGUUGUAUCUUGUUACUGCUGUGCCUCCUGCCUCUAUUUUUUUUCAUCGUAUACUCCUUCGACUGGACAAAAAGAACAAAAAUUAGGCAUUGCAUAGCCUGCAUAUUACAGGAAAACAUAAUUACUGUGGCCCAUCACCAUGAAAAACCCCACAAAAUUCUAAACCCAAGAACAAUUAUUAUGAACUCCUGUUUGGAGAUCUUGCUUUUCUACAGUUUAUAAUGUUUAGCACCUGUUCAAGAAAUGGCUUCCAUAAAUAACCAUUUUCUGUUUCAGACAAAAUUUACAUUGAAAAUUAUCUUGGUGCAGCUGUUCGGUUUUUCUACAAUUGUGACUUGCCGAAAAAGGAACAGUAAUUCCUUGGGGGCCUCAGAGUUAAAUCCUUUUUAUUUAACAUGAUACUACAUAGUGGUACUGUGAUCGAAGUCUAACUAUUAUUGCUAGCUGUUCUUAAUUUACUGAAACUGAGAACUGAAAAGCCCUUUGUAGAUGAUCCUCACUCUUUCACAAUUUCUUGGGCUUUUCAGUUCCGUAAUUACCGACCCUGAUGGCACACUGCCCACAAAAUGAAUACUUUGAUAAUUUGCUGCUCUCUUGUAAGCCUUGUCAUCUUCGAUGUCCUAGUACUCCGCCACCUUCAUGUGAAAACUACUGUGAUAAGAGUACUGAUUCAAGUGGAGUUCUUUGGAUUUGUUUGGGCUUAGGAGUAAUUUUAAUGCUCACUCUGUUCACCUUAAUGGUCUUUAAAUGGAAGCAUCUAAAGCAACUAAAAGAAAAACUGAAAAACACAGACUCUUCUGUGGAGCUGAAUAAUAUUCUCAAGGCUAAUACUGAAAGCAGUGUGAAUACAGAAGGAAUUAGAUACUCACUUCAAAGUGAAACAUUAAUGUAUUCAGUGGAAGAAUGCACUUGCAGUGACUGUGGCUUGGUAAAACCUCAGACUGGCUGUGAAACUUCAUUUCCAUUACCAGCUACAGAAGAAGGAGCUACUGUUCUAGUUACCACAAAAUCUUUUGAUUAUUGCAACUAUAUCCUGGGUGCAGGGUGACUAUUUCCUGCAUAAUAAUAGAGUUAUUCCAGUAUAGCUAUUAAUCUUAAUACUUGCAGUCAGUGGAGAAGGCUAGUACAUCAUCCUUAUAGAUCUGCCAUUGAGCUUUUGUUAAUACCGGCAUAUUAUUUCUGAUUCUAGUAUCUCUUUGGUCAAGUAUUUCUACAUUAUUCUCAGGUACCAGAUUAGUUAUUGGAAUUUUUAAUUUCUGAAAGUCCCUACAUAGGAUGGCUUUUUCCACCUUUAGAGAUUGUAUCUACUUCUGCUGGAUAUAUACAAAUCCAUCAAUAAACAAGU